AUGGCUCCAUCAGGUCCACUUCGAGUCCUGGUCAUCGUCUCCCAGAGAAGCCCUCUGCUGGCCAAGGCCCGCGAUUCGCCAGGAGAUUUACUUCCAGUGGCUGUCCAACUUCUGAAAUCAAACAAUGUCUACAGCACACGGGAAGAGAGUCUGCCACAAACAAAACUGCUGGCGAUGCAAAUAUUCAGAACUCGCAUUUUCUUCGUCUUCGAUAUCGCUAAUGCAUCCUACAACGCCAGACUAGGCCAUCUCCCCGAGCAUAACCAGAUCCCGGUGGCCGUGGUGCAUUUCAGCAAGAAGCGGUCCGCCUAUGCCGCCAAUCCGUGGGUUUCCCGACGAGUCAACCGCGACAUUGCUCUUCUUCACAAUGCCAAUGGCUUCGGAGCGGUGCCACCAUUCGUGGAAGAUCAUACUCUGGGGAAGCCGCCUCAGUACUUGAAUCCGCGCGACCUCUCACUAUUUUGA